AUGAUACCAAGUAUGACAAUUGAUCAGUUGAUUGAAUCCAAAUGGUAUGAAACAUAUGAAUCUUAUAGUAUUAAUCAUAAUUUACCCAUAGAUAAAACUAUCAAACUGUCGUUACCAUCAAUAACCCAAGAACAACAACAACAACAACAACAGCAGCAGCAGCAGCAGGAGCAAGUACCAACACAAACCCCAGAAAUAGAUUUAACAAAUGAUAUUCCAAACAUAAUCAAACUAAUCAAUAAACAAUCAAAUGUAAAAGAAUUAUCUACUGAAUUAACAAAUGUUCUACUAAAAUAUUAUUGGGUAGGAUUUGAUACUGGUUAUGAAUGUUGUAACUCCAAUAAAUAA